UUGUCCUCAAGAAAAUACUGAAGAAGCCCUGUUGUUAUUGCUGAUUAGUGAAUCUAUGGCCAACCGGGAUGCUGUGCUGAGCAGGAUACCUGAGCACAGGAGCGACCGCCUCAUCAGUCUGCAGAGCGCGUCUGUGGUCUAUGAUUUACUGACCAUUGCUCUUGGAAGAAGAGGCCAGUAUGAGAUGCUGUCGGAGUGCUUAGAAAGAGCCAUGAAGUUUGCCUUUGAGGAGUUCCACCUCUGGUACCAGUUUGCUCUGUCGCUCAUGGCUGCCGGAAAAUCUGCCCGCGCCGUGAAGGUGCUGAGAGAAUGCAUCCGUCUGAAGCCCGAUGAUGCCACCAUCCCACUCCUUGCGGCCAAGCUGUGCAUGGGCUCCCUUCACUGGUUGGAAGAAGCCGAGAAGUUUGCCAAAACAGUUGUUGAUGCGGGAGAGAAAACCUCCGAGUUCAAGGCCAAAGGCUACUUAGCCCUGGGGCUCGCGUACAGCCUGCAGGCCACUGACGCUUCUUUGCGAGGGAUGCAGGAGGUCCUGCAGAGAAAGGCGCUUCUUGCGUUUCAGAGGGCCCACAGCCUGUCCCCUACGGAUCACCAAGCAGCUUUCUACCUGGCUCUGCAGCUUGCCAUCUCCAGACAGAUACCAGAGGCUCUGGGGUACGUCCGCCAAGCUCUUCAGCUUCAAGGUGAUGAUGUGAACUCUCUGCACCUGCUUGCCCUCUUACUGUCAGCACAGAAGCAUUACCAUGACGCCCUGAACAUCAUUGACAUGGCCCUGAGCGAAUAUCCAGAAAACUUUAUACUGCUGUUUUCCAAAGUGAGGUUGGAGUCGCUCUGCCGGGGCCCCGAUGAGGCGCUCCUCACUUGUAAGCACAUGUUACAAAUAUGGAAAUCCUGCUACAACCUAACCAACCCCAGUGAUUCUGGACGUGGGAGCAGCCUCUUAGAUAGAACCAUUGCUGACAGACGACAGCUUAAUACAAUCACUUUGCCAGACUUCAGCGAUCCCGAGACAGUGUCAGAUUCCUCCUCCUCCUCUUCUCUUUCAAGAACCGAAUCUCCUCUCCACCUGUUUGUAUCUUCUCAUCUUCAUUCUCAUCCCAAACCCGAUACCUUUGUGUGGCCCCCAGCAGCUCAUUCAUUCAGUGACCCAGGUCCCCGCCGGGAACCCUCUCUGUGCAACUCUCCAGAAGUAUACUUUCAUGGUUUUCCCUCCCUUUUUUCAGUUAGCUCUGUCCACGCCACAUCGGUGGCGGCCUCAAGAGUGGAGCAGGCCCUGUCAGAAGUGGCCUCAUCUCUGCAGAGCAGCGCCCCCAAGCAGGGCCCGCUACACCCGUGGAUGACGCUGGCACAGAUCUGGCUCCAUGCAGCUGAAGUCUACAUUGGCAUUGGGAAGCCUGCAGAAGCCACAGCCUGUACCCAAGAAGCUGCCAACCUCUUCCCAAUGUCCCACAACGUCCUGUACAUGCGCGGCCAGGUUGCCGAGCUCCGAGGGAACCUGGAGGAGGCCCGGCGGUGGUACGAAGAAGCCUUAUCCAUCAGCCCGACCCACGUGAAGAGCAUGCAGCGACUGGCACUGAUCCUUCAUCAGCUGGGCCGCUACAGUCUGGCUGAGAAGAUCCUCCGCGAUGCUGUGCAGGUGAAUUCGACAGCCCACGAGGUCUGGAACGGGCUGGGCGAGGUCCUUCAAGCCCAGGGCAACGACGCAGCAGCCACCGAGUGCUUCCUGACGGCCCUGGAGCUGGAGGCCAGCAGCCCCGCCGUGCCCUUCACCAUCAUCCCCCGCGUGCUCUGAGCAGGCGCCCGCCAGCCUCACCACCGCUCACACCACGGAGGGGACGAGUGAGCCACCCCAAGGCCCCGGGUGAAUGUGCGAUCUGCCACAGUGAACUAACCAAACCAACCCCGAGCCGUCACUUUCCCCACGUGCACUUCUGUUUUUUUUGCCAACCCAAUGAUCAUUUUUUGAAUCUACUGACAUUGUCGAAAAUGGAUUAUGUGCCAUAUUUUGUUCGUUGACAUCUGAGUUUUAAGUAACAUGAUUAUGGAAUUAAUCAGCAAAUGUAGAAAAAUAUAUUCAAAGUUAAAAUUCAGUGGCAGAACAGAUUAUUUUUAUCAAAGCUGUAAAGAAAGCUGUUCUCUCCUCGUCACCACUCCUGCCCCCACCCCCUCGGCCCAGAAACCAAAUGUGAAUUUCUUUCUCCCACCUCAGUACUAGUCCACACCAGGACACCAGCUGACGAUUUUUUGGUUUUGUUGUCAAUAAUUGUACCAUGUGAUGAAUUACUGUCCUCACUUAGAACAAAGCCUGAGUCCAAGAAUAUUUAUAUUUUACCAAUAUAUGCCUGUUACAAGAGAAGGAAAUAUGAGUUAUUUAAGUUUAACUUUUUUAUGUGAAUUCAGAGUUUAUUUAACAAUGGAAAUAUGUACAAAGGAGCUUCAAAUGGAAUAUUUACUGACAUUCCUUAUACAUGACAGACACUUGGCUAAACGGGAAGACGAUGUUAAUAAUAAAAUGAUUUUUAAAUGGA